UAAAUUUAUAUAUUUAUGUUCUUUUACAGAUUUUUGAUGAAAUUGAGCCAUGAAACCGUGACUAUGGAGUUAAAAAAUGGGACACAGAUACAUGGCACGAUAACAGGAGUAGAUGUGGCCAUGAAUACGCAUUUAAAGUCAGUGAAAAUGACCAUAAAGGGAAGAGAUCCUGUUCAAUUGGAAACGCUCAGUGUAAGAGGAAAUAACAUAAGAUAUUUUAUUCUACCUGAUAGCCUUCCACUUGAAACACUGUUGAUUGAUGACACCCCAAAGUCAAAAUCGAAGAAAAAAGAAAACAAUCGCGUUGGAAAUAGAGGUCGUGGACGAGGAACACGCGGUCGUGGCGGCCCACGAGGGAGGGGUAGGGGGAGAGGUACAGCGAGACGAUAAAAAUACUAAAAUGGCAUUUAAUUAUGAGUUAUAUAAAUUGCAAAGUACAUUUUUAUGUUUAUAUAAUUUAUAAAUACACUGAAAUGAAGCAA